AUGCGUUACAUUGCUGCCUACCUGCUUGCCCAGCUCGCCAACCCCGAGGCUGUCCCCACCACUGAUGCCAUUACCAAGAUCAUCUCCUCGGCCGGUGUUGAUGUUGAUGCUGAGCGUCUCAGCCAGCUCAUUGCCGCUCUUGAGGGCAAGACCAUCAGCGAGCUGAUCGCUGAGGGCCAGUCCAAGCUUGCCUCCGUCCCCUCGGGUGGUGCUGCCCCUGCUGCUGGUGCCGCCGCCGCUACCGGUGGUGCUGCUGCCGCCGAGGCUGCCAAGCCUGUUGAGGAGGAGGAGGAGUCCGAUGAUGAUAUGGGCUUUGGUCUGUUCGACUAA